AUGGCGCCUGCGCAUAAAAGCGUGUGGCUGCCGAGACGCCUGCCCUCCAGGCGUCGAUUCGCGAACAGAGUGGCUGCAGCAGGUGAUGCUGAGUCAGCAGCCCGGAAGAAGUGGCUGCGGCAACAAACUUCCCUGGCGAGCAGCCUGGGAAAGAAACAGAGGUGGGAAGAUGCCCUCGCUUUGCUUCACCUGCGGGAGACGACCAGGUGGAAGCCUGACAUUAAAAUGCUGACAGCCGUCAUCGGAGCACUAGAGAAGUGCUCUCGAUGGGCGCAGGUGCUCGAGAUCCUUCAGCAAGCCGAGUUGGAAGGCCUUCCGCUGGAUGACCGCUCGCUCGGCUUAGGGAUUUCUUCUGUCAGCAAGGGUCGCUGUUGGCACGAAGGUCUUCGGCUUAUGCACCUACUGCGGCGGAUGGACACUAGUAGUCGACAUGCUCUGGGUAGCCACAACGCCCUGCUGAGCUGCCUGGAUUGGUCCGGACAUUGGGAGGAGGCUUGCGAUGCACUCGCGCUUAUGCAGCGUGAGGGCCCCCAGCCGGACGUCGUCAGCUGCAGUGCCACUAUCAGUGCCUGCGCUCGUGCGACAGCAUGGCCCUGGGCUUUGUGGAUGCUUUCAUCGAUGCGCACAGACGGCCCUGCCCCCGAUUCGGUGACUCUGGGAGCAGGUAUCGCUGCGUGUGACCGUGGCCAGCAGUGGCAACUGGCCAUCUGCCUUCUUCACGAGCUCUCCGUGCCGCCGACCUUGAUUGCAAUCAAUUCCGCACUGAGUGCCUGCAGCAGAGGCCACCAGUGGCAAGGUGCAUUCCAGCUGUUCCAGCUUCUGCAGAGCCGGUCCUUGCAACCGGACGAAAUUUCAUUCGGUGCUGCAUCCACCGCCUGCAUCCGCGGUCGCGAGUGGGCAAAGGCCUUGGGGCUAUUAGCUUCGGUGUGGAGGCAGGCGCCACCCAGCCUGCUGCUCUUCACCUCGGCUUUGCGGGCAGCGCAGUUGGGAGGCAGAUGGCAGCUUGCAGUUGCUUUGCUUGAGGAGAUGCGCGGCAGCUCUCAGCAGCCCGACCUUGCUGCCUUCAACCCUGGUCUCGGCGCUUGUGUAGCGGCAGGACAGUGGUCCCGUGCCCUUGAGCUGGCAGCACAACUGCAAGACUUUUCUCUGCAGCCCGACAGCGUGACCAAGAGGCUGCUGCUGCAAGCAUGGGUGAACUUGCACAGCUGGCAGGGCAGCCUUGAGCUGAUGUCGACGUUUGGCUAA